GUGUCGGCAGUUGGCGGGGGGUCUCCGUCGGCUGCUUCAGGGGUAUCCAACGGGGGGCUGCAAAACGUGCUGUUGAGUUCGAAAUUCUUGAAGGCGGCUCAAGAGCUUCUCGACGAGGUGGUCAAUGUAGGAAAGGGAGUGAAGAGUGAAGGGACAAAUAAUGAGGUGCUGCCCAAGAAUGACGGACUCACCAGCUCAGACGGAGAGCAGAGUGGGGGUAAACGCGCCGCCGCGGAGCUCUCCACAGCAGAGAGACAGGAAAUUCAAAUGAAGAAAGCAAAGCUUGUGAACAUGCUCGAUGAGGUGGAACAGAGGUACAGACAAUACCACGAGCAGAUGCAGGUGGUGAUAUCAUGGUUUGAGCAGGCGGCAGGGGCGGGUUCUUGUAGAACGUACACAGCCCUGGCGUUGCAGACCAUCUCAAAGCAGUUCAGGUGCCUUAAAGACGCGAUCUUGGGGCAAAUACGAGCUGCCGGGAAGAGUUUAGGAGAAUUUGAGGUUUGUGGUGGUGGUUCAUCACCGUCGUCGUCCCCAUCAAGCAGCAGGCUGAAGUUUGUGGAUAGGCAGCUCAGGCGACAGAGGGCCUUGCAGCAGUUGGGAAUGAUCCAACACAACAGCAACGGCGCAGCUUGGCGGCCCCAGCGAGGAUUGCCGGAACGCUCUGUUUCUGUUCUUCGUGCUUGGCUCUUUGAGCAUUUCCUCCACCCUUACCCAAAAGAUUCAGACAAAAUCAUGCUGGCUAAACAAACAGGUCUUACCAGGAAUCAGGUGUCAAAUUGGUUCAUCAAUGCUCGGGUCCGAUUGUGGAAGCCAAUGGUAGAAGAGAUGUAUCUGGAAGAGACCAAGGAACAAGAACAAAGCCAAAAUGCAUCAGACAACCAAACAGGGAAAGCUAGUGAGCCAAACGAAGAUUCUUCAGAGUGUUCGGAUCAUCAAGAAAAGAGCAAUUUUACCCCAAACAAACAACUCUCUACUAUAUCUUCUCCCGCAGACAGAAACCAAUCCAGUUUCAGCCCGGAAAGCCCGAAGAAGGCCAGGAGAGCACAAGGCCCGGACUCUUCCUCCGUGGAUUUUACAUUAAUGGGUGGUGGAGGAGGGGGGUCAGCUAACUUCAUUGGCGGGUUCGGGUCAUACCCAAUUGGAGAAAUCGGAUCAUAUUCGGGCAAUGCGGUCUCCCUAACACUUGGUCUGCCGCAUAGUGAAAACCUCUCAAUGUCAGGGGCACACCACGGGUUCAUCCCAACUCAAGAAAUGCAUAUGGAUAGAGGGGUAGAAUUGGGAGAAGCCAACGAUCAGUUUGGCAGUAUGAAUGUCCCAAUGAGUUACAACAACAUUGAGAACCGGAAGAGGUUUGCCACACCAUUGUUGCCAGACUUUAUAGCUUGCGGUUACCAACAAAUGCUCAGCAAGGAAGUAAGAGAUUCUUCAUAAUACUGUAAAGAUAAAAACAUUUAUACUUUGCAGAAGAACAAGCACUAUAGUUCAUAUGGAUAGUUUUUUAGCCUUUUAGACAUUAUAUUGGUGAGGAUUGUAUAGUGUGAUUGCUGUUGUAUUUAAUAUGGGAGGAAGUAGGUAUUGUGGGAUGUUAUAGUUAAUAAUUUGAAUUGUAAGGUGUUGUUUCUUGAACAGCAAUUAAUCAAAUUAUAUACCAACACUGCUGGUAUUACAGUAUUUGUUACUUGGAUGGUGAUUGAUGAACUGA